AUGGUAACGACGAGAGUAAAUACCAAACGGAAGUUCGUAAUAUACAGGUUGUCGUUUCCUUCUGGGCACUCGUCGAUGUCUUUCUACGCGGCAGUCUUCACAGCGCUGUUCCUGGAGCGGCGCUUCCGUUGGCGUCGGCGCGCGCGGCUGCAGGUGGCCUUCGCGCAGCUGCUGGCGGUGUUGCUGGCAUGGCUGACGGCGCUGUCGCGGGUCUCCGACCACAAGCACCACUGGAGCGACGUGCUGGCCGGCGGCGCGCUGGGGGCGCUGGUGGCGGCGAUCACGGUACUAAGGGUGGUGCUGCGCGGAGGCGCGGGCGGCGGCGGCGGAGGCGGUGGUGGCGGCGGCGGCGGCGCGGCGCCGCGACGCCCCAGCGACGACGUCGGCAUCGCCGUGGACGACGCGCACGGCGCGCCGCCGCUGCGCAGCUCGGCCUCCUGCGACACAUACGAGACGCUCUUCGUCAUUUGAGCGCUCGCCCACGCCCACGCCCUCGCCCUCGCCCUCGCCCGCGCUUUUGUAACGCUCCCCGCGGACCCAGCGGCACUCAGACCAUAAUGAGAUGCUCGUCGCCAUCAAAGACACACGAUCAUUUCCACUUCAGUUUUACUGUCUGCAGUGGUAUUUUAUUUUUAGUACGUAGAUCAGGUGGAGCGACGCUCAUACCAAAAUGAGACGUUUGUUGACACCAAAGACCAACAACUGAAUCAUUCCGACUUUCAUUUUACCGUAUGUAUUUUGUUUUUAUAUAUGUACGUUUUCACAACGUACAUCAGAUAAAGCGGAGCUCGAUUCAAAAUUAAACGUUCGUAGACAACAAAGUCAAAACAUAAUUAUUCCGACAUUCAUUUCUGUAGAAAAAUACUAUUUUUAGACAGCCACUAGCAUGCGGUUCUUUUCAAGACAUUUGCAACGUGCUAUGUCUUAAACUUUUAGCAUAGUGCUAAACGUGAGACGGAUGUUCAAUUUUUCAGAUACAUUUGUGAAUGCAACAAACAAAUCAAAUGCAAAUUAAUUUGACCGCAUCAGUUACUACUGAACUUAAUAUACAAGUAUGUGAUGUGGCUAUUCGAUUUAAAAUAAAAUGAAAGGAAGGCUGUCUAAAAAAUACUGCAUAACAUGUGAUAAUUGAUUUUAUUUUGCCACUCGAAUCAUAAAAACCUAUUUUAAGAACACUAAAGUGCACUAUAUCUGAUGAAUACAUUCCACUGUUUGUAAUUUUUUUAAAGUAUGAUUUACUUUUUAUCAGAAAGUAAAUUCAUCGUUGUCAUCAUUUCCCCGCGGCGCUGUUUUUUCUGCAACCAGAAUGACACUUUUUUACCACCAAAGACAAAAUAUAAACAUUCCGAUAUUAAUUUGCAUUCUGUUGUAACAGUCGACUGUAUUUAAGAACACAACAUAAGAUGCAGUAAUGCUGGGGGCUUCUGGAAUCAAAAUGGGACGAUUCUCGCCGUCAAAAUUAUGCGGAGUAAAUAUCAUUUACACGCGCUUCAUUGUUUUUUUAAAUGUUUAUUUUUGACCAGAAUUAGAUUGUUAAAACCUCUUUGAUCCAAUUUGUAUUAAUAUAUUGAGAUGCGUUUGUUUUCGGAGUUGGGUGAAGCAAACACGGACUGUUGUUUUGCUAAGAGAACCGAAUGUUCUUCGCCAUCAAAGAAAAAUAAAAUCAUUACGACAUUCAUUUCGCCUUCUGUAGUAGAGUAUAUUUUUUUAAACUUGACAAUGUGCAUCAGAUUAAUAUAUGUCCCUCUUUAUUUUAUGUUUUGUUUUUAGAUCAAAUUUAUCAUAAUUCGAAAGUAAUCUCGUAUUUGUGCAAAGUUGUCUUCGUUUCAGUAAAAACAUGACAAUCGAAUAAAGAUGGUACUAACGUUCUAGCGAUGUGUGCUCCAAUAUCUCGUGGGUUCCAAAACGCAUGUGUUGGAUACGUCUCACGUCGUGUUCCACUCUUAUUCAUGAAAACUAUAUCGUGCUAUGACAAUAAUGAAAUAUUCUUCGGAUGUACAUUUUAUAAGGAAUCAUUGAAGUUACUCGCUUGAAAAAUGAUAUUAUUUGUACUUAGUUUUUGUGAAUAAAUGCAAGAUUUACAGAACUUAGUUUUUAUUUUAGAUCAAUAAAUAUAAGUACCUAAAGCUGAAAGAUUAAAAAAGAAUUAGUAGAGGAUGUAAGUUAAUCGAACAGAAUCACGUACUACUAAUUGGCGGUGAGUCAACUUGAUGGAAAACAAAAUACCAUCGUCAAUUUUGUGUUUGUUGCUAAAAUAAUAUGGCGAAAAAAUAUUUUUCCAGAAUGUCUUGUGGUAUUAGAUUAUUCUCUCGAUAUUGUACUUUUCUUGUGUUAGUAGUAUUUCUUUACAAUAUGUAUAUAUAUGAAGUAGGUAAUUUAUGUUAAUGGGGAAAGGAAGUGGUACUUUGUAUAUUGUAGCACGAAGACUACGUUUUUUAAAAAUUAAUACCUACUUGACGCUAUACACGUUGACUUUUACAUAUACAAGAUUAUUCCAAAUACAAAUAAUAUAGGAGACAUAUUUCGCCACAUAAUCUUAACCUUUAGUGUUUUCAGUCUAAUGAGGAUAGUACCUAGUGGACGCUAUUUCCUAAACGUUUGUUUUAGAUAACAUCUAAAAGUACUACGGCAAAAUUGAAGAAAAUCAAUUAGUAUUUACUAUCUGCACAAUUUUCGUGGGCGGGCUCCGGAAUUUGUUUCGUCUCCUCCUCUUUCCAUACACAAUUUAAUGAUUUAAAAUUAUAUUUGUCUUGGCAAACCAGCUAAAUACUUGGGUUGUAAGUAUUGUCGACAAAAAUCUCCUUCACAAAAAUGUGUCUCGUAUUUAGAAAAUUAUGAGAUCAGGAAAACAUGCGCGGAUAGUGAUUUUUCUACGUAUAUAAAUAAAUGCAUAUCGUAUAAAAAAGGGCACUAGGAAUACUGCAGCCACAACAAACUCGCCGUUUUGCACCUUUCAGUAAUACGAACAUUACAAUAUGUUUGGAAAAUACAAUUCCAAAACAUUUUUUUUUUGCUACUCAUUUCGUAUUUUAAAGAUUUUUGAACGGUAAUUCACUGUUGACUAAAAUAUGACAAACCAAGAAAAUAAUGGUUAUGUUCACAAAUUUAUCCACGCCUAUUUUUUGGCUUCAAAUCAUCAGAAAGAUGAUUAUGGAAAGAGGUUAUAUGGUUAGAGGUCAUACAAUUUUUACAUGUUAUGGUGUUUGGCGUAAUAAAUUGUUAUCAUUCUGGAUGCAAAAAGUUAACAAAAUUUCAAUCAUUCAAAAUCGCCUUGUUAUUCUGCAUAUAUUGCACGCUCGCUGAUGAACGACAUGAACUCCAGAAAAAUCAUAGAAAUGCCGGAAGAUAAUCAACCUAUUCCUCUCCACAUGCGCGUAGGAUGAUCUAACGUUUCCAGUUACUAUUAGUACUGUAUGCACACAUUUACGUUUGUAAAUUUCCAUCAUACAAAUCCAUUACAAAAAAUCGUGCGAUCUUGACCUACGGAAUACAUUCAAAUACUCAUAGUUUUAAGUAUAGUGUGAUGAGUAGUUUUACCGAAGUACAAGUUAUGUUGCGUGCAUUUUUAUGCGACUAGAUCGUGGCACUUGUCAAAUGUGUAUUUACAAUAAUCCAUUAGUUUGCGCACUUCUAGAAAAACUCCAACUUGGCAUUUUUCUGCUCUGUGAGUAACAAGAGAUGACUCUUAACUUCACUUCAUUCGCCGGUCAAGUCUCGACAUGACAAGUGCUAAUUUAGUCUUGCACCGAAUGCACGGCGCUGUUAUUUUAUAUUGUUUUUAAUUAAAUAUGUUUUAAAUCAAUGUACAUAAUUUAUUAAUGCACAAACUGUAUUUUGUUGUAGGAUGCCCUGUGACGAAAGUCCAGGCACCGAGAUAUGUCAAUAAACAAAUUAUCGGUCAAUAUUAACUGUUAUUAUUUAGUUUUCCCACAUAUCAGGGAAAGUAUUUGAAUGAUGUUGGACUGUGUGAAAUUAAUGUGAAUUUUAAAAAAAUGUAUAUAUUCAUGGUCAUUUAAAUUUUCUUUAAAAUAAAUCGCAAUACUGAGAUUUCUAAAACAUUUAUGAUUUUUUGCAUUUGUAUAUGAGAAGAACGUUCAAACAAACGAAUUGAUUUAUGUGACAUGCUAAAUUCCAUACUAUUUGCAAGAGAGUAAUUUUAUGUUAAUACAGUAGUAUAUUCUUCAUUCAUCAAAAGUGACUAUUCUGU